GGAAGUCGCGCCCACACCGAUCUGAGCCACGCCGGGGCGAGCGCUCGCAGUGCGAGCUGAGUGUGGAGCCCGAGGCCGAGGGCGACUGCUCUCGCUGCCCCAGUCUGCGGGCCGCCCGGUCCCGGCUGCCGAGCUGCUCCGCCGCCCGCCGUCCCGCGUAGAAGGAAGCAUGCUGACCGUCGGCUGCACGCUGCUGAUCGCCCUGCUGGCCGCGCCCGCGGGCGCGCUGGUCCUCGGGAGCUGUCGCGCGCUGGAGGUGGCAAAUGGCACAGUGACAAGCCUGCCAGGGGCCACCGUUACCCUGAUUUGCCCCGGGAAGGAAGCAGCAGGCAACGUUACCAUUCACUGGGUGUACUCUGGCUCACAAAACAGAGAAUGGACUACCACAGGAAACACACUGGUUCUGAGGGACGUGCAGCUCAGCGACACUGGGGACUAUUUAUGCUCCCUGAAUGAUCACCUGGUGGGCACUGUGCCCUUGCUGGUGGAUGUUCCCCCAGAGGAGCCCAAGCUCUCCUGCUUCCGGAAGAACCCCCUUGUCAACGCCAUCUGUGAGUGGCAUCCGAGCAGCACCCCUUCUCCAACCACGAAGGCUGUGCUGUUUGCAAAGAAAAUCAACACCACCAACGGGAAGAGUGACUUCCAGAUGCCCUGCCAGUAUUCUCAGCAGCUGAAAAGCUUCUCCUGCCAGGUGGAGAUCCUGGAGGGUGACAAAGUGUACCACAUAGUGUCACUGUGCGUUGCAAACAGUGUGGGAAGCAAGUCCAGCCACAAUGAAGCUUUUCACAGCUUAAAAAUGGUGCAGCCAGAUCCACCUGCCAACCUUGUGGUAUCAGCCAUACCUGGAAGGCCUCGCUGGCUCAAAGUCAGCUGGCAGCACCCUGAGUCCUGGGACCCGAGUUUCUACUUGCUGCAGUUCCAGCUUCGAUACCGACCUGUAUGGUCAAAGGAGUUCACGGUGUUGCUGCUCCCGGUGGCCCAGUACCAAUGUGUCAUCCAUGAUGCCUUGCGAGGAGUGAAGCACGUGGUCCAGGUCCGUGGGAAGGAGGAGCUUGACCUUGGCCAGUGGAGCGAAUGGUCCCCAGAGGUCACGGGCACUCCUUGGAUAGCAGAGCCCAGGACCACCCCAGCAGGAAUCCUCUGGAACCCCACACAGGUCUCUGUUGAAGACUAUGCCAACCGUGAGGAUCAGUACGAAGGUUCUACAGAAGCAACGAGUGUCCUUGCCCCAGUGCAAGAAUCCUCGUCCAUGUCCCUGCCCACAUUCCUGGUAGCUGGAGGAAGCUUGGUGUUUGGGUUGCUUCUCUGUGUCUUCAUCAUCCUGAGACUCAAGCAGAAAUGGAAGUCAGAGGCUGAGAAGGAAAGCAAGACGACCUCUCCUCCACCCCCACCGUAUUCCUUGGGCCCACUGAAGCCGACCUUCCUUCUGGUUCCUCUCCUCACCCCACACAGCUCUGGGUCUGAGAAUACCGUAAGCCACAGCUGCCUAGGUGUCAGGGACGCACAGAGCCCUUAUGACAACGGCAACAGAGACUACUUAUUCCCCAGAUAAUCAUCUGGAUGGUACCUGGCAGCUGGCAGGGCACCACGAGAUCAGCACACAAGUUUCUCACUGCCAGUCCCAUCCACCUGGGGUGGGGCGGGGCGGGCGGGGCUGCAGCUUCACUAACCCACAAGAGUUCUGCACAGGUUCUGAGUGGGCGGAGACUGGUGCUGCAUAGGCUCUGAAGGAAGGAAGGGGCUGUGAGGAACACAGGCCAUCGUGAAGACAGUUUGCGAUGACUGAAUAGAGACGCCAGUCAGCUCCACAUCUGAUAGUGGCUCACAAGCUGCACCCUCAGGAGGCCUCAGGAAGGGGCUCCAAAGGCUGCCCCAGCUGCCUCGCUCUGCCUCACUGCCCCAAGCCACCUUUUAGCUCUUGAACUCCUAAAGUCCAAGCACUUUGCCAUUCUCUUUCCGAGGCCACUGAGGCCGGGCAGAAGCUUGGUUCCAUUUUCCUUCUCAACAUCUGGAAAGCACCUGGGCCCGGUGGUGGUGACUAAUAUCUCAGGGCCUGAUGGUUUUUACUCGAGUGACAAUUCCUCACAAGCAGUUUUUAAAUGUGAAUGACGACCCUAGGCACUGCUGGCUGCGGAGGUUUUAUUUUCCUCUUCGAUCUCAGGACUUCAGGCGAGAAGCGGAGCAGAAGUAGAGAGCGGAUGGGUGUCCACCGUCCUCAUGGUACUUGAGGGAGGUACAGCCUGGAAAACACGUUUCCUGUCCCGCUACUCUCCCAGAAGAGGGAUGAUGGUAGGGGGUGCCUCUUCCAGGGCGGAGAGUACAACUUCUUUACCCCAGCCUUGCCCAUACAGGUUUCAACUGGACUGGAGCUACUAGGAAAGAUGACAUUCAUGCAAAAAGAAAAAACAUUAACUAGCAAGAAUGUACUUUCAUUUUGGUUUUUAGAGAACUGUUGCCUGUUUCUCUCAAGAGUCUGGAAGAGGCCACUCACUGCACGCUGCUGUAUGAACCCUCACUGCCCACCCUGGAGGACCAAGUGCAGUAACGGUAGCCCAAACGCCAAGUCAAGUGAAAAUCGAGGAAAAAAAAACCAAAAAAAAAAAAAAAAAAAAAAAAAAAAAAAAAAAAAAAAAAAAAAAAAAAAACCAAACCAAAA